CUAGCCUGCAGCCUACAGUUUAUGAUAUCACACAGCCGGCCGAUUGAGUUGGAUAGAAUUUAAAACGGGGUAUCAAAGCGUUACACACACCACCAUUCCUUGCUUAGUGUUUCUCCUUUUUAUUCCACAUGUAUGAGUGUCCAAGCGUGAUAACCAACACUUGUCAACACAAAACAGAAAACGGUGAAAUGUGCUGUCAAAAUAUUUAACCGUGUCAAAAACACAUCUGUUUGCAAUGGUUUAUCUUACAGUCUGCGUGAGCAUGUGAAUUUGAGGAGGCGCGAGUCGGCGCGUCUGAAAUUCUCAUAUAUGCAACGAAUGUAAGUCUUCUUAAUAGCCUGCCAAACGAUGUCGUUUAUCCCACGUAAGAGGCGUAAAUUCAUUUCAAAGCUAAUUGAAGUGUCGGGAGUUAUGAAUGGCAGUUACUGAAACUGUGCUUGAGAUAGGAGAAACGUCGGACUUAUGGCAUAGGCGACCACUUUGAGGGGCAGAUGACACAUUGAGGUACAGGUAAAGGGAGACGGGCCAGGGCUCUUUCCACAUGACUGAGCUAGGUACAGGCAGAUGGAGCGCGCACUUCUGUCUCUCACCCUUACAGAGAUUCGUAGGGUAACGGCAGCAGCUACGAAUCGACACCUCGGGGUGCGCGAUACAAAUAUUUCACCUGCCGCAUGCGCGCGAUAUGUGUGUUUGUGGAUCAUCAGUUCCAUAAUGAAGGUGAUGGGUUUUUGUGUCGCUUCAGACGCCAGGCGUAAUUGCAUCUGUUCAUUAUCACGGAGAAGUCAAGUCGCGUAAACAUGUGCAAAACUGGAAGGUGUCUUGACACGACAGUCACACUUGCUGCUUUUAUGUGUCUGGUGUUUCCCCCUUCGUCGGGUGUUCAACCCUCCAUGGGAAACUGAAUGAGACAUUCUGCACGAGAGGAGAAGAAAAAAAAAACGACGGAACAGCUUGGAGAGAUCGAGGAGGAUAUUAAAUAAAGAGGGAGGAAGGGAAGAGUGACUGACACCUGCCCUCCAGCUCUGUUCGAAGGGCAGAGAAUGGAGGCAUAAGAAAGGGGUGCACACAGAGGAGGGAAAAACAAGAGGGAAGGGGGGAAAGAGAGAAUGAAGACAAGUGGAAUCCGAGGGUUUCCUCACUCACACUAGAACUUCGGACCCUCAAACCAGGAAGUAUGAUCAGCAGGAAGCUGCUCUUAUUGGUCUCCCUUUUCCUGUGGGAGGAGUUUGGCGGGGCAUGGUCCGCUGCCAAGGUGGUCAGGAGGAGAGGACUGGGUGCACAGCAUUCGUUUAGACCCGAGGGGAAGGUGUUAGCUGACCAAUGGGAAGGAAGCCCAGAGAAAAUCGGCAUGGCGAUGAAGAAUCGCAAGGAAUUGCUUGCCCGCGACCAGGCUGAGCGCAGUGAGCUUGCUGUCGUGAAGAAGCUCUCGCAGAACCAUGGGGCUCGCCCCCUGCUGACAAAGCGGGAAGAUGGCCAGAGUUUCAGGACUAAACUGGAGGCGCUCAAACUGGACGGAUUGGACUCUGCUGGGCACGGACUGGCAGGCAGCAACGAGGCAGCUCUGGAACCGAGGAAGAUCAGGAACGGCACCAGGAGCGCCGACGGUAUCCUUAAACCUCGGAGAACUGAUAAAGGCCUGCCCAUUCACCACAAGAUAGACUUUGGCCUCCACCCAAACAGAACCAGAGCCAAGUCCCUGGCCAGCUCUGCUGCCAGAGUGGGGUCUGCUGUCCACCCAGGACAAAAUCCCAAGGGCCUCUCAUUGGACUCGCCCAGGAAAGUGAACCUGACAGGCAGCUAUGGCCUCCUGAAACUGAUUUCCAAGGAGAACUUGGUGCGGAUUGUGAACUCCCAGCUGCAGAGCGUGGUGGGAUUGAAUUUCCAGGGCAAAGCCACUCGCAGCAGGAAGAGAGAUCUGAUUGAUGUAGAUCACAGCCUGUCUGUGUCCUCUAAGGUGAAGCGGCAGGAUCGGGCCAUUGCCUCAGAUCUCUAUGGCGGCUCAGACAAUCAAACGGAGGAGCCGCAUGUGAGCGAGACUUCACAUGUGAACCUCAACGCCGAUCUGGGCACGCGCAGCCUCUGGAAGCCAGUCAGCGAGUUCUCCUCGGACUCUCUUGUCGGCCGGCUGAGCGAUCAAACCUCACCGAAAGGUCAGCUCGUCACGGAAACCUGGAGCAUCGGUGGCGGCAGCGGCAAGCGCCUCGGCAUGCACCCGGCGUCGACCCCUCAGGCGGAAGUCCUGAACACCGAACGGGGUCUGACGUUCAGCUAUGGUGACGCCCAGGUGACACUCCGCAGUGGGAUGCCAAACUCAGCCCCGCACACUGAUGCCGUGUCUCCGUCUGUCUACACCCUGGACCCCUGGGGAGUGAGGACCGUGAGCAGCGGGGGAAAGAGAGAGAGAGGGUCCGCGGCAGUGGAGAAGGAAGAGAAGGAGCACUCGAGCAGAGAUGAGGCGCUGGAGGAGAGCAUUCAGCCACCGGUGCUGGAGUCCAGCGUGACCCAGGACCCCGUGUGGGGGGGGGCGCAGCGGCCCAACAGCAGCCACAUCCUCAAGCUGCGCCCGGAGACUGAGUGGGCCGCGGGGAAGAUGGAUGGCGGUGGCGGUGGGGCUAUGGCCGCAGACUCCUGGGCAGGCAGGACGGGGCACGGGCUGAUGUUCGAGGAGGUGGAGGAGGACAACGAUGACAACGACGACAACAAUGAUGAUGAUAAUGCUGGCGGCGAUGGGAGAGGCCACAAUGAAGGGGGCGGGAAGCGUUCUCGUAGCAGGCGGAGCUGGAUCUGGAACCAGUUCUUCGUGAUCGAGGAGUACACCGGUCCGGAACCUGUGCUCAUCGGACGGCUCCACACGGACAUGGACCGAGCGGAUGGGCGCACGCGCUACAAGCUGCGGGGCGAUGGCGCCGGCUCAGUGUUUGUCAUCGACGAGAAGACAGGCAACAUCCACGUCACCAAGCCCCUGGACCGCGAGGAGAAGGACGAGUACCGCCUGAUCGCCACGGCGACCGACCGCCAGACCGACCGGGCGCUCGAGCCCUCGUCCACGUUCAUCAUCCGCGUGCAGGACAUCAACGACAACCCUCCCAUAUUCGAGGAGGCACCCUACAGCGCCACAGUGCCAGAGAUGGCUAACAUAGGCACCUCCAUUAUCCAGGUGACAGCUACUGAUGCAGAUGACCCCACCUACGGCAACAGUGCGCGGCUGGUGUACACGCUGGUCCAGGGUCAGCAGUAUUUCUCUGUGGAUCCCCAGACAGGGAUCCUUCGCACUGCUGUUCCUGACAUGGACCGGGAAACUCAGGAUCAGUAUUUGGUUGUCCUGCAGGCCAAAGACAUGGGCGGCCAUCUUGGAGGUCUCUCAGGAACCACCACAGUUACCGUGCACCUGAGUGAUGUCAACGACAACCCUCCUCGCUUUUCACAAAGUAUGUGGUCGUUCUCCGUGUCGGAGUUGGCAGUGCCCGGGGCGGAGGUGGGCCGUAUCUCGGCAACAGAUGCCGACCUGGGCGAGAACGCCAAGCUGGAGUACACCAUCCUGGAGGGCGAGACGGGGGACAUCUUCAGCAUCACUGGCAGGGACCAGGAGGCCGUCAUCAUCCUCAACAAGCCGGUGGACUAUGAGAGCCGCAGCUCCUACUCGUUCUCGGUGGAGGUGAUGAACCCGAUGGUGGAUCCGCGGUUCCUGCGCCGGGGCCCCUUUAAGGACCGCGCCUCCAUCCGUGUAGCUGUGCUGGACGCUGACGAGCCGCCACGUUUUUCCCGCACGCGCUACCGGCUGGAUGUGUCCGAAAACUGCCCGCCUGCUUGCACUGUGGGCCGGGUCAGUGCUGUGGACCCAGACACCGGGCUCAAUACCAACAUCAGGUUCUCCAUUGAUCCCCAGUCGGACCCUGAGGCCCUGUUCCACAUUACCCCGGAUACAGGCCUCAUCACCACGGCAGCCGAGCUGGACCGCGAGCGCGAGCAGUGGCACAACAUCACGGUCAUCGCCAUGCAGAGAGACAAUCCAAGCCAGGUGUCCAGGGUAGUGGUUGCCAUAGAGACACUGGACCUCAAUGACAACGCACCCGAGCUGGACCGCCAGUACACAACGGCUGUGUGUGACUCGACGGCUGCAGGACAGGUUGUGCAGGUGUUGCGGGCGAUUGAUAGAGACGAAGGGGGGAAUGACAGCACCGUCCAUUUCAACAUCCCUCCAGAGUCCAGCGCUGCCCUCAACUUCACCAUCAGGGAGAGUGGAGGUCCCAUGGCCAGCCUGGUGCUGGUGUCCACUCUGCAGAUGCUGUCGCGCUCCCCAUCCUCCUCCCUGAUCCUCCACGUGCCCCUCAUUCUGCGGGACGGUGCAUCGGGCAUGACCAACACGGGCACAGUGACGGUGACGGUGUGCCCGUGCCUGCGCGGAGGGGCGCGUGCCACCGAGAAGGAGAGGCAGCAGACGGAGGGCGAGUGGGAGCGUGAGGCCGUGUGUCUCCCCCAGCAGUCCUCGUCACCGUCUCCGGGGCUCAGCACUGCCGCCCUGCUGGCCAUUCUAGCCUGUGUGGCCACCUUGCUGGCUGUUACUGCUCUCUCACUCUCACUGCGCCGUCAGAAGCGUGACUCACUCUCCCCACUGGAGGAGGACGACGUGCGCGAGAACAUCAUCACCUACGACGACGAGGGCGGUGGCGAGGCCGACACGGCCGCCUUCGACAUCGCCGCGCUCCAGAGCGCCCCCCAUGGCGUGCGGCAUGGGUACCGCACCCUCGACAGCAGGAACAUACGAUACUCGCAGCACAUGCAGGAUAAGAGCCGCACCUACAGCUGGGCCCAGGCUGGGCCGGGGGUGCUGGAGCCACAGUACUCGGCCACAGUGGCGCCCCUCUAUGGCCGUCUCUGCUACAGCAGCCAGACGCUGCCGGUGCUGCGGCGUGGCCAGGGCCCAAUGGAACCUGGCGCCGCAGAGCUCGGAUACCGCAUCCCCGGGGGCCCACCAGACCACUCACUGGUCAUCCAGAACCAGGGGGCCAUGGUGGGCACACUAGAGCCUGGUGCUGGGUAUGGAGAGACUGGAGGUGGCAGCAUCAGCCCCAGAGAAUACACCAUGUCUCAGGACGGGGCAACGGCGUCAGAGGGGGGGACGCCGCGGACCAACGACAGUAAGGAAAGGUCGGGCGGAGGAGCAGGGACAGACUCCAGCAGUGAUGCCCAGCAAAGCCAAGACUUGGACUGGGUGCAGCCGGAGCCCGGCCCGCGGGAGCAGCAAACCCUUGUGUUGACCCGCUCCGGCUCGCUGGCCGGCACCGGCAUCGCAGCAGGCAGUUGGGUGUGCGACUCGGCCACGCUGCCGCUGGCCAGCCGGCGGGCCUCGCACUCUGGCCAUUCCCCAAAGCGCGGCAGCACUGCCGGAGGCCCCUUGGAGCCCACUAUUGACGGGGCCAAGGAGUUUCAGACGCAGUCACUGAGUCGCAACUACGCCAGGGUGGUGCCCGUGGAGGCCCAGAGGGACUACGCGGACAGCAUGGGGCGGGGAGGAGGCCUGGAGAUGGGAAGCAGCUUCGUGGUGGCACGGCCAGAGAGGGACAGGGGCAUCCCGCUGUCGGGGACACACUGCGGGGGCAUGUACCCGGACGGCCCAGCGUUCAUGGCGGACUGGCGGGAGCGGGUGGGCAUGGGAGGAGGGUAUGUCCUGGGCAGGCGGGAUAUGACGCCCCAGAUGCUGCCGUUCCCUGAGCAGGGCCGAGGUGGGGUGGCGGCGGCAUUUGGGGCGGUGUUGGGGUACGGGGGCGGCUGGGGAUCAGGGCCUGAGGCGGGUAGGGCAGCAGCGGGUGCAGGCGGGGGUCACUCCUUGGCCCUGCGCGUGGGUGAGUUCUUGCGCCUGCGUUUGGCCCAGGUGACCUUUGACCCCUCGCAGCCGCCGUACGACUCGGUUCAGGUGUACGGUCUGGAGGGCACGGGGUCACGGGCCGGCUCUCUCAGCUCGCUGGAGAGCGAGGGGGAGAAGGAAUCCGACAAGGAGGAGUGGGGCAAAGGCAUGGAGGAAUGGGGGCCCCAGUUCCAGAAGCUCGCCCACCUCUUCCGUGAGCGGGAGAGAGAGAGAGGAGAUAAGAAAGGGAAUGAGGGAGAGACAGAGAGAAAGGAGGGAAAGGACGACGAAGGAGAGAAAGAGGAGUGGGCGAGCAAUGAGGGAAAGAAGGACUGAGGGACAGACAGCGAGGGAGAGCGAAUGAGAAGGGACGUGGGAGAGCGAAAGAGAGAGGCGCGGGAGAGAGAGAGGAGAGAGGUGAGAGUAUGAUUAAAAAGCAACAAGAGCUGUGGUAAUGAAAAGAGAGGGCGAAGGAGAGGGAGAUGAAGAGGAAGUGUAAUGGGAGAGGACAAAGAAAAACGAGUGCAGGGUAACAGCGGAAAGGCUGAGGCCGAGGGAGAGAGUGAUUGAUGCAAUUUAAAGCAAUAAGUGCUGAAAGGCCUGAUGUGGGCACAGACAAGAAGACAUGGGGCUUCUCCAUCGCAUAUUAACUGUUUGUUAAAUGUUGUUGGACAUCAACGAAAACAAUGAGUCAAAGCAUCCUGGACAGUAUUUCAUUAUUCUCUGUUUAGAGGAAAAGAGAGAGAGAGAGAGAGAGAGAGAGAGAGA